AUGUCAGAUACACUACCCGAAGACGCAUGGGUGAACAAUUUCAUGUCUUCAUCCCCGCGACCACUAUUAUCAGCACUACAACGUCGACUCCACACCUCAACCACCCACUUGAACGCUCUAUCAGAAGUGUAUAAGCAAAGAGCCCAGAUCGAAGCUACAUACGCUGAGAGUUUGUCUAAAUUGGCAAAAACAGCUGAACAAGGUGGGCUGAGUGGGAAAAAUGCGAAUAACGAUUGGGACAAGUUUAGUGGUGAAGGUAGAUUAUGGGACAGUGUCAUCUCGGAAUUAUCAGAGACAUCCGCAUCUCAUUCGACACUUUCAGCGAUGAUAAGAACCGAUUUCGAACAACCACUAAAAGAAUUACCAAGUAAAGUGAUAGCAUGGAGGAGGAUAGGUGAACAAGAUUCGUCAUUAGAUAAAACAUUAAAAGAUUAUGAAAAAGUUUCAAGUAAAUUAGACAAAGCGCAACAAAAAUCAAAAUCAUCAAAAGCUGAUCAAUUACAUCAAGAAUUGAAUCAAUUGACACAACAACUUGCUUCAUUAUCACCGAUGGUUUAUUCUACAUAUCAAAGACUUGAUGAAGAGAGAUUAAGGACACUGAAAGAGAUUAUCGUCAGAUGGGGUACAGUCAAAGGUGAUAUCGCAACUAGAGACGGUCAGAGAGCUGAAGGGAUCAUAUCAACUUUAUUAUCUUGGGAAACGUCAGAUGAAGUUUUGAAUGUAGGUAGAAAAUUAGGUAAUGCCAGUGGUGGAAAUACAUCUGCAAAUGGUCCUAGAUUAUCUGUUCCUGAUAGUGCUUCUACCACUCCUCAAUCGAAUCGACGAUUGUCGUCGGUCACAGCGUCCAGUCAAGCACAAGACUUUUCCCCACGUCCUGCAAUGCGGACGAAUGGAUCAUCUACGACCGCUAGCAGGGAUCAAAGUGGUUUCGCUGGUGGAUUCAAGUCUAUGCUUGGACGAACCAAGACCAUGGCUGGUGCAAGAACAAGGAGUGAAAGUAAUGCAACUUCAACCAGGAGUGGAAGGGACAGGGAUGCCAAUGGUAACGGCAAUGGCAAUGGCGAUUUGCUGGGUGAUGAAAUCCCUAGAAUACCAGGAUCAGCUAUUUCUGUGAUCGAUGAAGAAGGAUUCUCAGUGGCACCGGCUGAUCGACAUCGAAACCUCUGGGAAGAUCCUAAUGAAACAAUUCCUGCUCCUGCUCCUGCUGCGCCGUCUAAGGACAAUAACCAAUCUGGUUUCGGUACGACUUUCACUUCGUCACCUGCAGCAUCUCAAGAAAACGUCUCAUCCUCCUCAGCGUCAUCUCAACAUCAGACUCAACCUCGUUUGAACCUUGCUCUUGCACCUGCGCCGAUCCAAGAGAGCGAAGAAGAACGACAAGCUGCUUUACAAAAGAUGCAGCAGACACUUCAGAUGCCACCAUCACAACCUUCUCGAAGGAGUACAAUCGCUCGAGGUAGAAGGGAUGUUAGAAAUACGAUGUUCGGCGGUUUACCUAAUGAAGAUGGAUCGGUCGGUUUAGGCGCAUUGUCACUUGGAAAAGUAUCUGAACCUCAAGAGACGCUCGCUGAAUCUCCCAGUUCAGUCGAUUCACCUAUUCAUGCUAAUGGAAAUCGACCAGGACAAGUCGCAAGACAAACUUCAAUGUCAUCUGUAACUUCUAAUAAUCCAUUUGAAUCACCUUCUCUUGGUGGUACAUCACUAGUCCAACCUACUCUAGGAACAACUUCUACCGAGGCUGGUCUCCGAGCGAAUCUCAACGAAACUGUCAAUGUUAUCAUCCGAAAUAAGGAAGUGACAAAAAUUCAAAUUACUGGUGAAAUCCAUCUAUCCUUGAGACCAUCAUAUAACCAGACUACAAGUGGACCGAUCCAUAUUCGAUUGACCUCGUUUGAACAAUUGGAGAAGAUCGCGCCUAAUCCGGCUUAUUUAGCUCAGGUGCCCGAUCGACCAGGUGAAUAUUUCUUGAAUUCAGAAGUAUUAGCAUCUGCUACUUCGAAACCGUCGACUUCGGAUAAAGGAACUUUAUUAUUCAAAUAUGUCGUUCACGUUCAACCAUCGAAAGAAAAUAUCAUAGCGCCAUUAAUACUGGAUCCUGCAUUCUUAUGUAAAGAUGGAGAGACAAGGAUGAUAUUGAAUUAUAAACUCAGUGAAACGUCACAAAUUGGAGAAUUAUCGAACGUUUCAUUUGUAGCUCAAUUCGGACCAGGACCAUCGGUGUCCAACGUUCAAGCUAAACCUGCAGGUGGAAUUUGGUCACCUUCAAAUAGAAGGAUGACAUGGAAAUUAGAUGAAUCUUUAAAUAAUGGUAAAAUAAUAGCUAAAUUCAUUAGUGAAUCAGGUGCAGGUGAAUUGCAACCUCAGAAUGUUCAAGUGACGUUCGCUUCUCAAGGUUCUUUGAUCAGUGGAUUAGGUUUAGAAAUCGUCGAUGGCGAAUUAGAAGGUCAUUCUUGGAAUUUCCAAGAAAUCAAAAAAGGUACGGUCGCAGGUAAAUAUUUAGCUGAACCUAGUAUCAAUCCAUAA